CGCACCUCGACCCGAUUCCGCUCUUCUAGCUUGCCUAGCCAAUUGAGCGCCCAUCAUGUCGGCGGCCAAGAAUCUGAAGACGACGGUCUUCUCGAAAUACACUGUUCAGCCUACUGGAAUUUAUGCCGCGAUCAACAGGCUGUUUGCCCUCGACCCCAAGCGCUCCACGGGUGUCCCGUUGAACCCGCAGUUCCGCAACCCACCCCCCGGUGCCAAUGACCCCAUGGCCUACGACGACCCCGUCACUGUCCCUGCCGCCGACAUCGCCGAGAACCCGUACUGGAAGCGCGACGUGCGCCGGCGCUACCCCAGGCUCUCGACCGUCACCCAGUCGGAUGCAGUUGCGUUGCUCGAGGUCGGAAGCGCAGCAGCGCCUAAGCAGGAGUUGAUUGGCGAGGCAGGCUCCAAGUCUCUGAUGGCGGCGCAGGAGCAAGGCGCAAAGGGACUCGCUGUCGCAUUCGAGAAGAACACUGGUCUCGCAAAGGAUGUCCUCGGCCCCGGUGGCUUGCCCCCAAUGCCGAGCGGUCUGCAUAACACCGGUGUUGCAGGACACAAGCGAUACGAGCUGGAGAGCGAGCAGUCAUAUGGCAAUGACUACCCGUGCCGGACAUUUGUUUAGAUCUAAAUGGAGUCCCUGGUAGGUAGACAAAGACGAUCCAUGUGCUGUACAUAUAAAGAAUUUCCUUGCCC